AUGCAGGAACACCAAGCCUUAGCUCAUAUUCAGAAAAAUUGCUCUAGCAGAAUUUGUAACCUAUAUAAAAUAGUUACAAGUUCUCCUAUGGUAUACAACAAGGAGAUGUAUCGAAAUCGAAAGGAAAUCUCAGGAGCCCAAUAAAACUUUUCAGAAAAUUCAUAAAGAUACUUACUCUUAACAAAUAUAGCUGUUUAUUGUAACUUGAAAAUCAAGGACAAUUUGAUGGCGAAUGAUAAAAAUUAAGCAUCAAUAUUAUGGAGGUUUAUUGAAUAAUCAGAAUCCCUAAUACUAUGUCUAGAACUGCUUUAUGUGGUUCAAGGAUCAUAACAGAUGUCAAAAUUAUUACCAUAUUCAAAUAAGGUAGUUAAGUGUGCUUUUGAUAAGAAAACAUAGUGUGUUAGAAUGGUUGAUAUCAAUAAAUAGUAAUAAAUUCCCUGCAAUAUAUUAGAGCUCAGAUGA